CCGGGAUAGUGGCACUCACGGCAUAGUUAGGGUUGGAAAGCACCUCUGGAGAUCACCUGGUCCAACCCCCUGCCAAGUCUGGGUCACCCAGCGCAGGUGACUCAGGAACGCGGCCAGGCAAGGAGCGCAGCUGCUGCGACGCGUGAGCCUGACUCGCAUUCAGAAGGGUUUAAUUACCGGGACCGGGACGAGCCGCUCGAUUCCAGACGGGCGUAGGGAACUCCGGCGGUUCUGCUUGAGUUUUGACUGUUCGGGAGUGUGCCUGCCUGCUGAUCCGGUUGAGAUCUCGCACGAGCUGUGGAGAUGACUACAGAAGCAGAGCAGCAGCUUCUCCAUGAUGCUAGAAAUGGAAAUGCUGCAGAAGUUAAACAGCUGUUGGAUACCUUGGAAAAAGGAGAAAUAAGCUUUGAUAUCAACUGUAAAGGCAGAAGUAAGUCUAAUAUGGGUUGGACACCUCUUCACCUUGCUUGCUACUUUGGACAUGCUGUUGUGGUAGAGGAUUUGCUGAAGGCUGGUGCAGAUGUGAAUGUGCUGAAUGACAUGGGGGACACUCCACUCCAUCGUGCAGCUUUCACAGGGCGUAAGGAGGUGGUGAUGUUACUCUUGCAGCAUAAUGCUGAUCCUUCUAUUGUUAAUGGCAGUGGAGAGACUGCAAAAGAAGUUACUCAUGACAAAGACAUAAGGAAUAUGUUGGAAGCAGUGGAAAGGACGCAAGAAAGGAAACUGGAAGAACUCCUCUUAGGAGCAGCAAGAGAGGGGGAAACAGGGAAACUGACUGCCUUGUUAAACAAGCGCAAGCCACCUGAUAUCAACUGUACAGAUCAGAUGGGGAACACACCCUUGCACUGUGCAGCAUACCGUGCUCAUAAGCACUGUGCAUUGAAACUUCUAAAAAAUGGGGCAGAUCCUAAAAUAAAAAACAAAAAUGAUCAGACGCCCCUUGAUCUAGCCCAAGGUGCAGAAAUGAAACUGAUACUGGCAGGUAAAACUGGAAAGGUUAUCAACAAACCCCUGAGACGAUAUGAAGGUCUCCUAUGGAAGAACUCACGAUUUUUUGGUUGGAAACUCUACUGGGUAGUUCUAGAACACGGAGUGCUUUCCUGGUAUCGGAGACAAGCUGAUGCAGUGAAUAAUGAUCAUCGUCAGGGAUGCAAGCAUCUAACACAAGCCAUCUGCACGGUAAAAUCUACAGACAGUUGCUUCUUUUCUGUCAGAUGUUUUGAUGACACUGUUCAUCGUUUCAAGAUUCCUAAAAAUAGCCUUCCUUCUCAAACUAGAGAGAGUUGGCUGGAAGCAAUAGAAGACCACUCUGCAUAUAGCACUCAUUACUGCACGCAGGAGCAGUUGAGUAGUGAUGAUGAAGAUGAUGCAAUAUCUGUUACAGACCUACAAGACACUCUGAAAAAAGCACAAGCAUGCCAACAAAGACUUAGUAAAGAGGUGUCAGACUUCCUUGCAAUGGUUAAAUCUUUGGAUGCUGCAAAAGGAAUACCUUCUCCCCUCCUGCAGAAAGUUGAUGUGGUCUCUGAAGUAUCCCAGGAAACAUGUGAGGCUCUGGCUGAGUGCCUCAACCUAUUCACAAAGCAAGAAGGGGUGAGGAAUUUGAAACUGGAGCAUGAGCAGGAGAAAAACAAGAUCUUGUCAGAAGCAUUAGAGACACUUGCUACUGAGCACCAUGAACUAGAGCAGUCUCUGGUUAAGGGAUCUCCACCUCUUAGCAUCCUCAGUGAAGAGCAGUUCUAUGAUGCUGUUUCAGGUAAGUGGUGAUGUCCAGAAUGUGAGUGUGCAGACAGCAUGUGUGUAGUGAAUGCCUCGGGGCGGGUGGGGUGGGGGAAGAAGGUGGGAGCAGUCUCGCUUCCAGUGAAAUCUCUGCCUUUCUAACAUGGACCUAAUUUUAGGAGUAUGCUUCAUGUGUUUUAUGAGCAGGGCUCUAAAAAUUUGCCAGAGUUCACCUGCAGAAUUGUAUUGCUUCACCUUAGCAUGACCAAAGGUUAGAAAACCACAGGACAGAAAUGAAAGGUCUCAUUGCUUGGGAGUCUAGACCCUUUUUUUAAAUAGCAAAACAUAAGGCUCCUAUUUUGGGAGAGGUAACUG